CCGCACAAUGGUCGGUCAAACAUUUCGCCUCUCUCUCUCUCUCACACAGUCUGUGUGUUUUUUUAUGGACAAAUUCUCCAUUUCCCACAAAUAACUUUCCCAUUUCUGCUGCUCUGGGUCAAUAUUUGGAAUGAGCCCUAGUUGGAAUUGGGAUAUCAUCUGUUUAUUUGUUUCAAAGUUUUGGUGAUGGGUUUCUUUCCACAUUGAAAACCAUUCUCUUUGUUGUUGUUGAUGAUGAUGAUGAUAAGUUUCUAGAUCUUUUCAAUCUAAUCUGUUGCUUGAUUAUUUGGGUUGGAUCUUUUUUACAUAUAAAACCUAGAAAUUAGAGACUUUGUUGGAGUGUUUAUUGGAUUAGUUCAAGAACAGGACAAAAAAAUGGAUUUGAAAACAAGCAGUGAUGGAGAUGAGGCUGCCAAAAGUGAGAAAUUAGGGCCUGAAGAAAUGGAGUUAUUAGGGUCAAAGUUGGGAGGGGGAGGGAGUGUUAGUGAUAGGAAUUUGGGUGGAAAGAGCCCUAACAAAGACAUGAUUUUUCGGGCGGAUAAGAUCGAUCUCAAGAGUCUUGAUGUUCAGUUGGAGAAGCAUUUGAGUCGCGUUUGGUCGCGAAGCGUGGAGGGUCAAGUCCCCAGGCCUAAGGAGGAAUGGGAGAUUGAUCCUUCCAAACUGGAGAUUAGGUAUCUCAUUGCUCAAGGGACAUAUGGUACCGUUUAUCGCGGCACUUAUGAUACCAAAGAUGUUGCAGUGAAAUUGUUGGACUGGGGGGAGGACGGCAUGGCCACGGCUGCCGAAACGGCUACAUUGCGAGCAUCCUUUCAACAGGAGGUUGCGGUCUGGCAGAAGCUUGACCAUCCAAAUGUUACAAAGUUUGUUGGUGCUUCAAUGGGAACUUCAAACCUCAAAAUUCCAUCGAAGAACCCUUCCGAGGGGUACACUACCCUCCCGUCGAGGGCGUGUUGCGUUGUUGUGGAAUUCCUUGCCGGUGGGACCCUGAAAAAUCUUUUGUACAAGAACCGAAAAAAGAAAUUGGCCUACAAGAUUGUUAUUCAGCUUGCUUUGGACCUUUCAAGAGGGCUGAGCUAUUUACAUUCCAAGAAAAUAGUUCAUCGUGACGUGAAGGCCGAAAACAUGUUGCUCGACACGAACCGAACUUUAAAAAUUGCCGAUUUUGGUGUGGCUCGGGUUGAGGCACAGAACCCCAAGGACAUGACUGGUGAAACUGGUACUCUUGGUUACAUGGCCCCCGAGGUUCUUGACGGCAAGCCCUAUAACCGAAAAUGCGACGUAUACAGCUUCGGAAUUUGCCUUUGGGAAAUAUACUGCUGCGAUCUGCCAUAUCCGGAUCUCAGCUUUGCUGAAGUUUCAUCCGCAGUUGUCAGACACAAUCUGAGGCCAGAAAUACCGAGGUGCUGCCCGAGUAUGUUGUCGAGCAUAAUGAAGAAAUGUUGGGACGCGAACCCGGAGAAGAGGCCGGAAAUGGACGAGGUUGUUAGGCUGUUGGAAGGGAUUGAUACGAGCAAAGGAGGAGGCAUGAUACCCGAAGACCAAGCGGGCGGUUGUUUCUGCUUUGCCCCCACCCGAGGCCCGUGAUGGUUCGUGAUUCAUUCACACCCC